AUGGGCGACCAUGCGCAUCUACGGGCUAUGGAACAAUUGGAGGAGAUUUAUGCAACGUUGGUGUCACCGAUGGAUGAUGAGUUGAAACGGCCGAUUGAGAAGAUACAGAAUAUGUUUCGCAAGUGCUUGAUUACUACUUUGAAAGAGGUGCACGACCUCAACGAGUCAGUACUUCUCAGUGAUAAUGUCCCACAUUAUGAAAAGAUCAGCCGCGUCAAGCACAUCGUCAACCAAUGGGAAAAACAUCUACCAUUCCCAUCCCAACGACCAACAACCCCAACACCCACCAGACACAACGUCUCCUUGACGCACAGCUCCUCCUUCCCGGAGCCGCCAGCUAAAUCCCACGAUUCUGGCCUCCACACAGCAGCAGCAAGUCAACAAGAGCGCACCUUUCCCAAAGUCAACCCAGUUCAACGGGUCAAGCAAACGCUAAACGUGAUCGUGGAUGGCGGCGGUCGCGCAUGGGAAAUCGAUGAGAUCACGCUUGACCAGAGCCGCCAUGGACUCGGCUUUUCUUUUGCUGGAGGUGCCGACGGCAACCAGCGAGAUGGCGAGGGAUGUCUUUUUGUUACGAAUGUCAUCCGCGGAGGAGCUGCCUACGAAGAUGGACGACUUCGGGUAAACGACGUCAUCUUGCGUGUCAACAACAUCGACUGUACUCAAGUCAGCCAUAUCGACGCUCGUAAUGCGCUGAUGAACGCCGGGGAUCUGGUGAAAUUGACUGUGAAACGGAGGCACCCCGAACGAGAUGAAAUCUUCCCGGAGGCGCGCACUCGAUCUGUUUCGGUAUCCCAGUUGAACAGUGGAGACACUUUUGGAAGGAUCAACCCUUCAACCUCAACUCCUUCGCUACCACCCCCACCACCACCUCCUCAAGGCUACAACAUCCGAUCUGCUUUCGACAAUGAACCCCCAAUCAUCCGCCCCUAUUUUGGCGGCAACAAGAUCGAGCUGUACAAGAACAAUGGCGGACUCGGCUUCAGCAUUUCUGGUGGUGUCGGCAAUGAACAAGCCCCAAAUGAUGCCGGCAUUUUUGUGACCCGGGUCAUCCCUGACGGUAGUGCUGACCGUGACGGUCGCCUAAAAGUCGGCGACAAAAUUCUAGCGGUGGAUAAUAUUUCGCUGGAUAAUGUCACACACAAUUUUGCGCUUGACGUGCUGCGAAGCACUGGAAAUACGGUCGCUCUCUGGGUAGCGUCAAAUCCAAUUCCAGCAGUGACAGAUGCCCUCCUUGGAAAACCACAAACUCCACAACCCACACCUAGAGCCUUCGGAUCGCAGCUUGCUCUCAACAACCCCAUUUCUACCCCACCUAAAAACGGACCAGCCGAGCAACGACGAGUUUCACUCAUUCGUGGCUCGCACGGCCUCGGCUUCAACAUCAUCGGCGGCGAGAAUGGAGAACCCAUUUACAUCUCCAUCGUACAUGCUGGAGGUGUGGCCGAAGCCAGCGGAAAUGUCUUCAAGGGUGAUCUCCUCCUUGGUGUUAAUGGAGUGUCCCUGAUCAACGCUACUCAUCAAGAAGCCGCGGAAGUACUCAGAAAUGCACAGAACCCGAUCGUUCUCUCUUUGGAGCACCGCCCCGAAGAAUGCGCCUUCCUGGAAAAGAAGUUAGGCGAGCUAACGGUCAAAGACUGUUACAUGAGGGCCCUGUUCGAUUUUGACCCGUCUCGUGAUGUCGGAGCCCCAGCUCGGUGCAUGUCCUUCAAGUGCGGAGACAUCCUACAUAUCACCAACAAAGCUGACGAUAACUGGUGGACUGCACGAUUUGUGGACGAAAAGGGCGAAGAAGGUGCGGAAGGCGUGAUUCCAUCGGCCCACCGUAUUGAGAAGCGGGAGAGGACCAGGAGGCGUUCAGUCAACUUCAACCAGCAGCCCUUCCAGCGCGGACUUGAUGGCCGUCGUGGUUCCAAAUCCCAACUCUCCUUCUCACGACGAUUCCCAUUCGUGAAGAGCACAGAUAAGAUUCAUGAGCUCGCCGAGCAAGAAGCAGCUACAAGCGAGGAUCCUAUCCCUACUUAUCAAACUGUCGAAAAGGAAAGCAUUACCUACCCACGGCCGGUCAUCAUCCUUGGAGCAUUGAGCCAGAAAAUUAAUGAUGAUCUCGUCACCCGCUACCCACAUCGAUUCAGCAGCUGCGUGCCACACACCUCUCGCCCAAUGAUGGAGGGCGAACAAAAUGGCAAAGAUUACUACUUCACCAGCAAGGCCCAAAUGGAACAAGACGUUCGGAAUAACCGUUUCAUCGAGGCUGGCACAUACCGUGACAAUCUUUACGGUACCAGCGUCCAAUCCGUACAAGAUGUUAUUCGUGAGGGUCGCCAUUGCUUACUCGACGUGGCACACGGGGCCAUUGAUCGUCUUCAGCGAAUCGCCAAUAUACACCCGAUUACGAUCUUCGUGAAGCCGUCCAGUUACCAUCAAAUUUUUGAAUGGGAUCAAGGGCAUAUGGAUGAGGAAGAGGCCAUUGAGCAGUAUGCUAGGAUCCCUCGCCUUGAACAACAAGCUGCUACGAAAUUUACUUAUGUGAUCUCCAACGCUGACACCUAUGAACAAAUCAUUGACCAAAUCCUCUACGAUGUCCAGCGUGAAUCCUACCCAACGGCUUGGAUCUCAAAGCCUGAUGCUCGC